UAGAGAUACUGAAGGUGUUCCACUCAGACAGGUUUUACUGUAUUUAGUAAACAUAGCACUAAUUCACAUUCAGAGGUUCUGAUAACAUGGAGCUUAUGGGGUUUCCAAAAAGUGUUUGCAUUGAGUUCUCUUUAGAGAUAUGUCAGAGGUAAGCAAUAGAUUUGAUGCUCUGAAGCCCGUAAAUGAUCGAGUACCUGACACUGAUAGUGAGAGUGAUAUUGAUUUAGAACCCUCCACUGAUGAUAUUAGUAUCAAAGAUAUGUAUACCAAAAUUCACGCCAUGUUCAACUCGUUACAAAAGCAAGUUGGAGAUAUUUCUUCACGGUUGGACUUUCAAGAAUCAAAGAUGCGUGAAAUUGCUGAGGAAGUGUGUAAACAAACUGAAGAUGAUUUAAAAUCUGAUAUAUUGGACAUUCGUAGUGAUGUAAAUGGUCUUGAAAGCCGUAUUGAUGAUAUAGCCAAAAAAUCACCCCAUACAGGGGUCAAUGACCUUACCUCACGUCAGCUAUGUAUUCGUGGAAUACAGUACAGUCAAACUGAACAUUUGCCAAAUAAGAUCAAUGCAAUUCUACGUGAAGAUCUCAAACUCAGAGAUAUUACAAUUGAAUCUGCCAAACGAUUAGGCAGAAACAAUGACUCUAAGGUUGUGAUUGUAACCUGCAGGACCAUCGACGACAGGUCUAUUAUUCUUGAAAAUAAGAAUAAACUGUCCCAGUCUCGACGAAAUAAGGAUGUUAAAAUCUUUCCUGCGAAAACAAAAUCCGAGCUGGCUCACGAGUCUAAUCUACGUAAAUUGGUAAAUACGUGUGCACGCGAUGACCUGAUUGUUAUUAACGGACGUAUUGUAGACAAGCGUGAUCAACGUCAACGUAACCGUGGACAUGAUGGGUUCCGUGGUAAUCGUGAGAAUACACCCGAUGGUCGUACAUCAACUAACCGACAGAGAUCACGAUCUCCAGCUCCCACUUCCAGAGGAGCACCGCGUAACGUCAACACAGCCCGUGAAGGUCGACGUAGCCGUCAGGAUUAGGAUUCACGCCGAAGCCGACUAGUAAUUUCAUCAUGGAAUGUGAACGGUUGGUCUUUAAAACAAAAUGAUAAUUCAGCAUUUCGUCAAGAUGUCAUUGACUCUCUUAAUCCAGAUAUAAUGUGCAUCAGUGAAUCAUUUCUUAAAUACCAUGAUGUUUUGACUAUUCCGAAC